CAGACCUUGAUUCAGGAUACAAUGCAAAGAAGAAUUCACAAGACAAACUUUGUAUUGAAUAAAAUACACAUUUCCCCUUGUUUUGUUGUAUUUUUGAAAACAAAUACGCAUUGUAUUAUGGCUAGUUGAUACUGAACUUUGAUGAAAGACUACUUAUUUUGCAAUGGAAAAAUAUUGUUUUGAGCUAGUUGAUCUUGGCUUCAUUUCAAAGAUUUUUUACUUCAAUUUAUUAUUUCCUUCAGUACAUAUAGAAUUUUGGGCAAGAACAAAACUGCAGAAGCUGCAGGUUAUAUAGUAGGGUUUUGGACAACAAAACUAGAUAAAUGUAAAAUUGAGUCUUUUGGGUGGGUGACAAUUUUACAAAACUGAAGACCUUUCUACCAAAAAUAAUUUGUUGGUUAAGAUUGGACAAAUGGCAUUUUUCAAAAACUUUCAACAAAAUCUGAGCCUUCCUUCUGUGUCUUCUCUGGUUGACGCUCUUAGUAACGCUGUAGAUGAUCUGACCAGUGCUGUUGGAGAGGUCAGCUAUACUGUAGCUGAUUCAGUCGCAGAGCAGGUAACAAGCAUGAUAAAUGGCCUUCGCACAGAAGAUGAAAACUCUAGAAUGCAAGAGGAUAAAUCUAUGCCUAUUAAAGAGGAAAAUAUAACAUCAUUGGCAGAUUCUAAGGAAACUAAUAUGAAGGAAAAAAGAUGUGUUGAAGAAGAUAAACAUAAGCAGACUCAUUAUUCUGAUUCAUCAGAUUCUGUAAAACAAGAGUUGAAUCAAGUUAGAAUGUCAGUUCAUGUCCAGGACAAAAGAAACAAUCAAUUAAAACGGGGAGAUGCUAACAAACAUUCUAAUAAUAUGGAAGUUUCUGAAGACAUGAAAAAAGUAGGAAGACAUGUUAAAAGCAAAGGAGCCACUGGAAAUAAAUACUUGGAAAAUGAAAAGUUUUCAAAGGAUAAUAAUUUGAAUAGUAAUACAUUUAUAACAGAUGAAUCUAUUAUUAAAGACCCAGGCAAUGGGUUACAUGCAGUACUGGAAAAUUCUAAGGAUCACUUGCAUAGAAAAGUCAAAUCCAGGGCUUCAGCGAUUGAUUUUCAGGACCCCAAAGAGCAGCCCUGUACAGAUGGAUACAAGGAUUUAGAAGCAAAAGCAAAUGACGUACCAAAGCAGAGAUUAUCAGAGUCAAUUUUUAAAAAGGCACCAAGUGAUCAUCCUGAUUGUGUUAAUGAAGUAAAAGCAAAGAAAUACAAAACUUUUUCUGAUGGUAACGAACAAACCAUAAUGAACCAUGAAGAAAAUGCAACAACCGCAUUUUCUAAAGAAGGUAAAAAGAGAAACUAUAAGGAAUCAGAAAAGAUUUCAAGAGAAGUAAGUAGCAAGAAGACACCAGAAAAAGACAACUCGUACAUGAAUAAAGACCAGCAUGGUUCCUCCUCUGAAAGUGAAGACGAGGCAUUGGGUAAAUACCAUGAGGCCUUGUCCAGAACACAAAGUUCCAGGCCACCAAUGGUAGAUAGCAGACAGCAAAAAAAUUAUAUUUGGGAAACUAGACAAAAAUAUAGCCCUCUGUCUGCAGAGUAUGAUGGGUACAGUAGUGAAGCCUCGAUAGAUGAAGCAAACUGUAUUCAAAGAAUGAGAAGAACACCUCCACUGGAUGAACUGCAGCCUCCACCAUAUCAGGAUGAUAGUGGUUCUCCUCACCUCUCUUGUACACCCUCUGAAGUUGAUGACAGUAAAUGUGAAUUUUCCCACUGUAGCAACAGUCCAAGAUGUUCAUACAAGUGCCCAAGUGAAGGAAGCACUGGACAUGAAAUAGAAAGCUUCCAUAACAAAGGAUAUGAAGAGGAUGUACCCAGUGAUAGUACUGCUGUCCUUAGCCCAGAGGAUAUGUCAGCUCGAGGAUCAUCUUCACAGCUUCCUAAACCUUUUGAUCCUGAGCCAGUAGCUAAAUACGGCACGCUGGAUGCGACUUUUGACUAUGACUCACAAGAACAGAAGCUUCUAGUAACAGUGACAGCUGUCACAGACAUCCCAACAUAUAACAGGACAGGUGGAAACUCAUGGCAAGUACAUCUAGUUCUCCUACCUAUAAAAAAACAGAGAGCAAAAACCAGCAUCCAGCGGGGACCAUGCCCUGUCUUCGCAGAGACAUUCAAAUUUAAUCACGUUGAAUCUGAGAUGAUUGGGAAUUAUGCAGUUCGCUUUAGACUGUAUGGUGUACGUCGCAUGAAAAAAGAGAGGAUUGUGGGGGAAAAGAUUUUUUACUUAACCAAAUUGAAUCUUCAAGGGAAGAUGUCAGUACCAGUGAUAAUGGAACCUUCUUACAGUCUUUCUGGCUGUGACUCUCAAAUAAGCAUGUCAGAAAUGUCCUGCAGCGAAAGUACCUCCUCUUGUCAGUCCCUGGUACAUGGCUCAGCUCCAGAAAUCCUGAUCGGCCUACUUUAUAAUGCCACAACUGGAAGACUAUCAGCAGAAGUGAUAAAAGGCAGCCACUUCAAAAACUUGGCAGCAAACAGACCACCCAACGGACUGUUCUGUUGUCUAAAACACUUGAUAGGUGGACAGGUUUAUAUAAUCCGAGAUACAUAUGUUAAGUUAACACUGCUGAAUUCCAUGGGUCAGGAGAUGUCCAAGUGCAAGACAUCCAUCCGCCGAGGGCAGCCAAAUCCAGUAUACAAAGAAACCUUCAUUUUUCAAGUGGCACUAUUUCAGCUUUCAGAUGUGACGCUUAUACUGUCUGUGUAUAAUAAACGCAGCAUGAAACGAAAAGAGAUGAUAGGCUGGAUUUCUCUAGGUCUCAACAGCUCAGGAGAAGAGGAACUAAAUCACUGGACUGAAAUGAAAGAAUCCAAAGGACAACAAAUCUGUAGAUGGCACUCAUUACUAGAGUCUUAAUAGGUAGUACCAAGGGUCAGUUGUAGUUCCAGGGAGUUCCAUGUUUAACAAGACUGUCCCUUAGUCACCACCAAGAGAUCUGUUAUGGAAGUGACAAAUUCAACCUUCCACCUUAAAGAAUGCACAAUGUGCGAUGGAGCAGAACAUUUUACACAUUUUCUUCAAUUAAUUUGUCAGAUACCUCACUGGUGUCAGAUUAAACCUUUCUGUACACAGACGAGAGAGCAAUUGCUCCAUCCCCUUGAUGCAUUCAAUACUGUUUAGUUUGGGAUUAUUUUCUAUUUAGCAAUUCAAAUAUAUUUUAUGUAAAAAUCCCCAAAUUAUUAUAAAAUCCUCCUAUCACGUUGGGGUUUUUUAGUGCUCUUAUAUUUUUAGUUUCUGACCUGCCAACGUCCCGAUUUAGGGACACUGGCCUUUAAUACAAGAAACAAAUUAUUAAACUGUGAAACAAGAAAACCAAACAACAACAAAAAAUCACCUCCACUUGGGAAGAAAGCUUAAUAUUGAAUAUAUUGUUAUUUUAGAUUGAUUUUGUUUUUUAGGGCUUAGUUGAAUUAACUUUUCAUUUCUGAUGUGAAAUUAGUCUGAAAAACUUUAGGACUCAGAGGAAUCAGGUGAACUUUGACAUAAAAUAAAUGUUUCUUCAAUCUGUGACAGGAACAAGCUCCACAUUGUGGCAUAAAUUGGGUUUUUCCCCAUUUGCCUGUGCUUGUGCCUCACCCAAAGAGACCAGAUCACUGUUCUGGUCCCUUGCAAGUCUGUUUAGACAGGUUGUACUGUAAAACUAUGUAACUUUCUGUUGAAAGCACUUCCUGUAUUCAUGUAUUCCAAUAUAGGAAGCUUAUAGAGCACGAGUUUACUAAAAAUAUCUUUUCAUUAAA